AUGCACCGCGUUGUUAUUGUUGUGUUGCUGUCCAUGAUGGCGGCUGCGGACUGCGCCUUCCUCAGAACCCUGACCCGGUUCACACCAGAACCACGACCAGGAUCCAGAGACAGGACUCGUGAGGCGCCCCCCCACUCGGUCUGCAGGGACUUCCUGUUUGUUCUGGAGCUGCGGCGCUACAGCCGAGACCUUGGCUCCGCCGUCCUCUUCCCCCACCACCUGCUGCAGGGGCCGGACCUGUACGACGUGGUCCUGUCUGACGGGGACUGUCGGCUGAGGGUCUCUCUGGACCCGGGUCUGAACCAGCUGGUGGAGAGGAGGGUUCUGCGGGUCGGAGCGGUGCUGAGGAACGCAGCCUUCAGCCCCGCCAUCAGCGCACAAAUCCCAGCAUGCAGCGGGGCGGACGCACUCUCAGACAGCUUCAGGCUUGUGCGUGUGGAGGUUUCUGAUUGGACGGAGGUCCCGGGGCCCGACCCCGCCUCUCUGCCCUGGUUCGGAUCCUCCGAGCCUCAAGGUGAGAGGGAAACGCCCCCAGGUGCCGUGUGUCCUCUGGGAGCCAAUAGGAGCGUCUUCCUGCCGCUGUGGAACAACGUGGACUAUAGUGGGGAGGAGUGGAGGGAUGCCCCGCCCCCCGAGGAAGAGGAGGAGGAGGAGGAAGAAGAGGAAGCGCGGCGUCCCACUGUCUCCGUCUCUGAGUUGAGGGACAGCUUCCUGAUUGGUCGCCGGGGCGUCGCCAAGGGCACCGUGCAGCAACAGCUGAUCAUACGCAUCAUCAACAAGUCACACUUGAUGUAUUAUGGGAAACCAGAGAACAGCUGCGAGUGUCCUUAUAAGGUGGUGUUGGAGGUGUGUGACCUGACAGGAAGUGUGUGUGUGGUGUUGUGGAACAGUGUGUGUGUCCGCUGGUAUUGCCACCUGAAGUCUGGUGACAUCAUUAGCCUGCGACGCUUCCGAGUCAAACGCCACUAUCAAGCCGAGCCCGAGGACAUCGAGAUCAGUGUGAACAGCAGGAACCCUGCUGCUCAGAUCUGCGUUCUCCCAGAAUCCUCUGUUUCUGCUGAACACCUGCCGCCUGCAGAAACAUACAGCUUCUGCAACAGCAAGGAGCUCAGUGGUUGCCCUCACGGCACUGUCUGUGACGUCAUUGGUCUCCUUACGUUCACCGGGCGACGGGAGCGAAUCAGGAGCGGUGAAGGUAGCAGAGGGGCGGGGCUUCAGGAAUACCUCUGGCUGCGAUUGGAGGACGGCAACAGCAAGCAGCCAAUCAUGGUGAAGCUCUUCUCCACGUCCCAGCCCGGGUCCCACGACAAGCUCCACCCAAAGGAUUGGUGGAUUUUGUAGCGUCACUGGAUGCAGUUCUACAUGAUCACCUGCAGACUGCCACUGUGUUUAAGGGAA